GUGCUCUGUAACAGAGCAAGAUUGGUCACCUACCUACCAGGGUUUUAUUCCUUAGUCAAAAGAGUUGUAAAUCCCAAGGCUUUUUCUACAGCAGGUUCCUCUGGCUCAGAUGAGCCUCAUGUUGCAGCUACACCUCCUGAUUUAUGUCCAAGAACUGUAUGGCCAGAUGAAGUAAUGGGUCCAUUUGGUCCUCAGGACCAGAGAUUCCAGUUGCCUGGUAAUAUUGGUUUUGACUGUCACCUAAAUGGCACUGCUUCUCAGAAGAAAAGCCAAAUUUCAAAAAGUCUGCCUGAUAUAUUAGCAGAGCCUUCAGCGAGUGAAAGGCAUGAAUUUGUAAUGGCACAAUACAUAAAUGAGUUUCAGGGUGCUGAUGUUCCACAGAAACAGCAAAUAAAUAACGCUGAAGCUUACUUUGAAAAUGCAAAGGUAGAAUGUGCAGUGCAAGCUUGUCCUGAACUGUUACGAAAGGACUUUGAGUCAAUGUUUCCAGAAGUGAAUGCCAACCGUUUAACGGUAUUGACUGUCACCCAGAAGACUAAAAAUGAUAUGACUGUAUGGAGUCAAGAAGUGGAGGAUGAGAGAGAAAUGCUGUUAGAAAAUUUCGUUAAUGGUGCCAAGGAAAUCUGCUAUGCAAUCUGUUCUGAAGGCUAUUGGGCUGACUUCAUUGAUCCAUCCUCAGGACUGGCCUUUUUUGGACCUUACACAAACAACACUUUGUUUGAAACAGAUGAACGCUACCGCCACUUGGGAUUUUCCGUUGAUGAUCUUGGCUGCUGCAAAGUUAUUCGUCACAACAUCUGGGGUACUCAUGUGGUUGUAGGAAGUAUUUUCACUAAUGCUGAACCUGACAGCCCCAUCAUGAGAAAACUAAGUGGAAACUAGCAGUCAUCAGGGUUUAACAAGUUCUUAUGACCCUUGCAUUCUUUUACUUGAUGAUUCUCCCUAAGCAUUGUCAGGAAAUGCCACACUUUAAAGUAUUCUUAGAUAAUAAAGUAGCUGUUAUUUAUUUUAGUUUUUGUGAAUAUGUUCACCACAUGUGACUUCGAGUAUUAAUUCAUAACAUUCAGAUACCUUUAUGUGCCACAUGAAUUUUAAGCUGUGAGUUUCUUUCAUCUUGAAUGAAUUUAAACAUACAUGUACAUAGCUAUCUGCAUA